GGUUUCUUUGUACAGUUCUCGCCGAAUUGUAGUGCGGUCGUAAACCUGAUCCGUCAGUAAAAAACUCGUAUUUCAUUUCCGGUUACCUGUACUGAAAAAUCAAAGUGAAGUGAAAAUAUGUGUCCGAUAACUUCUUAAAUACAGCGAAAAUUUUUUUCUGAAUUCAACCUGAAGUUCAGACACAAUCUUAAUGCUUACCAACACUAUGGAUUAAAUAUGUAUUUGUUACUGAAGAAGUAUAACGAAUGUAACCACACUGUGUUUUCGCGAAAGCCAUAAGUACGAGUGCGAGCUCGUCCGAUCGCUCAGUGGAGUUGAUACGCUUCUAUGCGUUGCAUUCUCAAUCGACAUCGUCAAUUUUCGGUGUUGGAGAACACGUCACACCCGCAGAGUCCCUUCGACGUUUACGACUACGCUAUAUUUCGGCGGGAACUGACAAGGAACAUUACACUUCAUCACAAUGACAUUCACCAUAAAUCAAUUGUUUCACACGACAGCGUUGUUGACAUACGUAUUCACGGUAUACAGCGCGGUUUCGGUGAAAAUUCCUAUAGCAGCUGAACAAUUCAAAAAUUUCGAUGUAGGGCAGGCGAGAUAUUUAACAGUUUGGAACUUGAUCAUUCAAACAGUGUUCUUUUUAAUAUGCAUAAUAAACGAUUGUUUCGGCACGAAUGCCGCCAGUCCCAAGAAACCCCCGUUUAUACGUCGAUUGAAAGACCGUAUUCAUGCGGUCCUUGCUUUCCCAACCGCGAUGUUUGUCGCGACAAUUUUCUGGUCUCUGUACGCCGUAGACCGUGAAUUGGUAUUCCCGAAAGUACUUGAUCCGUACUUUCCAUGGUGGUUGAAUCAUCUAAUGCACACGAUGAUUAUGGUUUCGAUUAUAAUAGAGACGAUCAUAUCACCAAGAAACUAUCCGAAGCGGUUAAAGGGUAGCCUAGCGAACGUCGCAUUUAUGUUGAUUUAUUUCGUUUGGAUGCUUAUAAUAUAUGCCAAAAGUGGUAUUUGGGUAUACCCGAUAUUCCACGUUUUGACAUUGCCAACACGAUGCCUAUUUGUGGCCACGAUGCUGAUAUAUAAUAUAAUCCUUUAUAUUUUUGGAGAAACGAUGGACAACUUCUUCUGGGGUAACGAAUACAUUAAACAUCAAAAAUCUCAUGCUAAGAGCAAGUAGCCUCGCCCGGGAAUUAGCAGCUGAUUUCGACCUUACUUUACCCCUGCUCCUUGCAUUAAAGGUGGUGGUAAAUAAAAUGACGAAAGGUUUUCUACCUCCUAAAUCCUUAAUCCCGUCCAUUGCGAAAGUUACAGCAUGAUCACGACCCAUUUAAUUAAAUUGUUUAUAAUGAUGCAUGUAAAGGAGUGCAUUUUUUUUUUAAUCGACGCACUGAUGAGAGAACAUGGCUAUUAAUGGAGCUAGUAAAUGAUUGAUUGAAAUUUUGAAUGCGAUGCAGAAAGGGAUGACUAAUCAUUGUAAUGGCAUACACAAUGUGCACUAUUUGUUUGAUGUAAAUUGUGCGACAGAAAUCACCGUCAACAAACACACAUAUGUACACUGUACACGUACUGCAAUAAUUACCAUUGUUCUUUUUAUACGUUGAAUCACUUUGGUUAUUUUCUGACUUUGUAAUUGAAUACAGUGGAGUCUCGCUAUAUGGCCUUGAAUGGAGAACAUUGCACAAAAGUCCAUGACACAUGGAAUUCCUUCCAUAUAACUUUGAUAGUCAAAUUUCUGUUGUAUAAAAAAGAGUAAUAUAGCAUCGAAUAAAAAAGAGUAAUAUAGCGGGACUCCACUGUAAAUGGAAAGUGACGAAAGAAGAACAAACAAAAACUUAAAAGGGUAUACACGUCGAAAAUUGAGGAUGUGUAUUACACACGCGCGCACACAAUUUGUACACGUUUUUUCUCGAAACUAAAAUCCGGCUGUAUUUGUAUCGAGUGUAGGAAACAAAUACGUAGUCGAGAAUAUCGGACCGGAUUUGAAAGCAUAAGAAAAUGGCGAAUCAAACAAGAGGACCGUGCUUUUGCGGACCGAUCGAACAGAUAUUGUUAAUGAAUGUACCUGCUCAUCAUUACAAAGAAGACACAAAGACAGAUUAGCGCAGCAAGAGAUGUUUCUAAGAAUCAUUUUCUUGCUCGCGAAAUCAAAUUCGAAUAUCUUUCUUUUUUGUACGAAAUACAAAAACAAAGUGUUUAAUCGACAAGGAAUACAGGGUUUGUUUUUUUACUAUAAUUUUAAAUCAAAAUCGAAUAAAAACAUUGUUUUUAA